AUGCGAAAAGUCGCACGUCCAGUACGUUGCGCUUUCAUCCCCGAGCCCAAGAUCGACUUGGAUCGCCAGAUCCUCGCACCUUCGCCUUUUUCCUCAACUCGUCGACAAGUGAGCGGUUCCUUACUCGACCAAAAAUGGUCGCCGGUCGUCCUGGCCGCGAUGAUCAUCUACGUCGCUUUCUACGCUACGGUAAGUUUCAAUCAAGUGUACUUGUGAGUCACAGCCGGUUAACAGGGUUUUUGCUUCCCACACGCCCCCAGGGUUUCGGAAACAUCCCUUGGCAACAACAAGAGUUGUUCCACGUGAGCGUUCGUGGGAUUGGGACCUCGAUCAGUACUGCGUGCAACUGGGCGGGCAAUCUGAUCAUCUCGUUGACGUUCUUGAGUUUGAUCAACGCCAUCACCCCCUCGAGAGCAUUCGGUCAGUCUUCCGUGCUCUCAGAUUUUCAAAAUUGACGGACUGUGCGGUAACCGGAAAGGUGUCUUUCCUCGAUCAGGUCUUUACGCGGGCAUUUGUUUCCUCGGCGCUUUGUUCUGCAUCUUCCUCUACCCUGAAACGGCGCUUUUGAGCUUAGAGGAGACGCUCGAAGUGUUUAGCGAUGGGUUCGGAGUCGAAAAGGCCAAACAUAUGCGUAGGCACAAGAAGGAGGCGAUGCGUCGGCUUAGGGCGGGAGAUGGUCAGAUCAAACAGGUCGCUUAG